AUGGCCCGCUUCAACCUCAACUCCCUCCCGGGGUUUCUUAGAUCGGCCCCACCGGCGGUCAUCAGCAUCAUCCUCGUCCUGAUCUUGGUCAACGUCCUCGUCUGGAUCGCUGCCGGCAUUAUUCUCCACUUCCACCCAGCCCUGAUCGGCCCAGCCGCCCUCUCCUACGCCCUAGGGCUCCGUCACGCCCUCGAUGCCGACCACAUCUCGGCCAUCGAUCUUAUGACCCGUCGCCUCAUCGCCUCGGGCCAGCGCCCCGUCACAGUUGGCACAUUCUUCUCGCUUGGCCACUCCACCAUCGUCGUCAUCACGUGCAUUGUCGUCGCCGCCACCAGUGGCGCCCUGCGCGACCGCUUCGACGACUUCACCCGCGUAGGCAACAUCAUCGGCACCAGUGUCAGCGCCGCGUUCCUGCUACUACUGAGCGCAGGCAACGGCUGGGUGCUCUACCGCCUCGUCUGUCGCCUUCGCGAGACCUUGGCCGAGCGGGGUCGGCGGGGGGCUGCUUCGGGCCGGGGCGAUGAGGAUCCAAAUGAGGACGCGGCUGGGACCGCGGCUGGUUUGGGUUUGGAUGGGGUGGGGUUUUUGUCUAGAGUUUUCCGGAGGCUCUUUGACGUGAUUGACCGGCCGUGGAAAAUGUUUCCGCUCGGCGUCAUGUUUGGCCUUGGUUUCGACACAAGCUCUGAAAUCGCAAUUCUCGGUAUUACGAGCUUGCAAGGUGCCGCUGGCACCAGUCUGUGGCUGAUCCUUAUCUUUCCCGUGCUUUUUACAGGCAAGUCGUCGUAUCACUCAACCUCCGCAACUGGAAUGUGUAUGGUUGACACCACCGAUGGCGCCCUGAUGAUGGGCCUCUACUCGUCCAAAGCUUUUUCCCGGGAUCAGGUCGCAAUCCUGUACUACUCCAUCGUUCUGACCGGCAUCACUGUCUUCAUAUCUGCCUUCAUCGGCAUGAUCCAGGUCUUUUCUCUGAUCCAGAACGUGGCUGAUCCUCAAGGCCCUUUCUGGGACGGCGUUGGAGCCAUCAGCGACAACUUUGACAUUAUUGGAGCGAGUAUAUGCGGGCUCUUCCUCGUCAUCGGCAUCGGCUCAGUUGUUGUGUACAGGCCGUGGCGGAGACGGAUGGAGAGGCGGAUGGAGGCACCACUUGUGGCGGACGCGGAUAGCGAGGGAGGUUAUACAAGCCCUGUUCGCUCGGACCCGAAUGAAAGCCCAUAA